AUGAAGACAAAAAAUGAGCGAUCAAGUCUAGACGCACUAGAAUCAAGCGGGCGUUUGUCGCAGUUAUCCCGUGCUAAGAAAGCCGUAGCACUCAAUAGUGUGCGCCACGUUCGCAUGUGUACAGCCUACGAGAAAGACAAGCACGUGACGGUGUACGUACUAGACGUGUUCUUGCAGGCGGAGCCUAGAGGUCUACCCACGACCACGGAAGCCGCGGUAAACACACACAAGCAAAGCAAACUCGAGUGCAGGCUAGGAGAAAUGUCUGAGAACACCGAGGUACGCGCAGAAUACCAGGUCGAGCACCGCUACUCAGCAUUUCGCACAUUGCGUAAGCGUAUUAGUGAGGCCGUGGCGGUAUCAAAUGACUCUACACAUCCACAAUGGUGUCCAUACUGUUCGCGUGCACGGAAUAUUGUGGAUUCGCACAGGUUCCCGUCUCGGUUUCCAAACCGCGGGCGGGUGGCAGUCAUUACAGGGUUACACAAGCUCCUGGUGCACAGUCGAGAGCACCGCCUGGGGGGUAUUUGUGAACCAGCUGCUACAAGCCGCCAAGGAUGUGUCGUAUCGGUCCGGGUGUAA